UCUGUUCCAUUAAAACCCUUUUAUGCUUGCUGUUAUAAUUUUCAAUUUGCGUGUGUUUGUGUUGGUCUGAGACUCUGAGUCUGAGCGUUUCAAAGAAUGAAUGAAUACUAUUGUUCCUGCGGCCGGGGGUACUACCAGCAGUAGCAGCAGCAGCAGCAGAGAAGGCGGAGCCAAAAGGGUGUCACUGUGUAUGUGAGUGCCCGCGGAUGACUUGACUGUAUGUCUCAGGUGAUARGAGUGAGGCGCAUCAGCGCAUGUCUUCUCUGCUAUCAUGACUUCCAUAUGAUGUUAUGAACACUCUCCUCUGCUUCUCUCAUCGUCUUUGAGUACAGAGCUCUUGCUCUCUGUUCCGAAAAUAACAAUAACAGAGAAAAUCCCCAGCAACCUCAAAAGCUCCUACUCUUUGUUCUGGGUUCUGGGUAUAUUUUUCCGAUGCCCCACAUCAACGAAAAGCCUUGUUUCCUCUUAACUUGGUCUCUUAAAGGUAAGCGAGGGAGAGAGGCCACCAGCCAGAGUAACUCCACUAUCACCACUUCCACCGCCGCUGCUGCCACCAUUCCCUCCUCCUACUCCUCAUCGUUAUCGGAGGAUCAUGACACCGCUCAUUUCCUUCUCAUGCUUUCCUCUAGCGCCUCCACAGCUACCAGCACCACCUCCAUGACCAUCAAAGACCGCCAUCAACAUCGGUGCGAGAGCUGUGGGAAGACCUUUUCAUCCCAUCAAGCUCUCGGCGGUCACCGUGCCGGCCAUGUGAAGGUAAAAAAUACUCGAGUCGCCCUAGUCGAAGAGCAAAACACACCCGCUUACAAUGAGUUCGGCAACGACGAAAUCGACUACAACGACGAAAACGAAGAAGAAGAAGAAGAUGAAGAUGAUGGUGGUGGUGGAAUAGCUGGGGAAGAGGAAGGUACGUUCCAAGUGUUCGAUCGGUGCAGUGGAGACGUUAAUCGUCAUCGUGUUCCUCGAGUGAAGAAGCACGAGUGUUCGAUCUGCAACAAGAGGUUUUCGUCUGGUCAGGCCCUUGGAGGUCACAAGAGAUGCCAUUGGGAGGCAAAGUCAGCCUCCUCUAGUGGCAGUUCUUCCAAAGACAACCUUCCCGGAAAAAAGAGGAAAGAGAAGCUUAUCAGCUCCCUCUGCUUCGAUCUCAACCUGCCACCGCCACCUUCACCACCGAAAGAAGAGGAACGCGACGCCGUAGAAGGAUUUUCGCCGGCGUCGCCAUCAAUGCGGUUCUGUUACAUCUAAAUAUUAAUUUUAUUUUCUGCCUUUGCUUUCUUUUUCUUCUUUGUUGCUUUUCUGUUUUGUGUUUUUCAAUUUCAAUAAUUUGUAAUUUUGUAAGAUAUCAACUUUAGAGUUUAGACAAUUA